AUGAAUUCUGAAGAUGAAAUAAUUGUAUUUUUCAGAGCCGGAGCCAGAACUGCUUUUACAACAGCUGGUAUUAUUUCUGGAAUUACGACGCUUCUAAUCCCAGAAGCAUUACAAGUAUCAUUCUGGCUUCUUGUAGUAUUACGUGCACUACAAGGUGCCACAUUUGCGGUCAACUACAUUGUUAUUGGAUCUUUUGUCUCCAAAUGGUCUUAUUACAAACAGCAAGGACUCUUCGUAUCGGUACUGGCAGCUUCAGCUCAACUGUCUCCAACGAUGACCAGUGCAGUUUCCGGACCGAUGUGUACAAACCUUGGAUGGCGUUCAAUUUAUUAUUUUCACGGAAUUCUUACCGAAAUGAUUUUUAUAAUUUUUUUGAUUUGUUAUCGCAAUCAACCGAUAAAGCACCCGUUGGUUGGUGUAACAGAAGUGAACAAAAUUCAUACCAAUAAAAUAACAUUACCAGCGAAGUCUACACCAUACUUAUCCGUUCUGAGAUCGUUAUCUGUUUGGGCUAUAUGGAUUGCUGCUAUCGGAAAUUUCUUCCCAACUUCACUACUUUAUCUCUUUUCAAUGAAUUAUUUUCAUGCUAUUCUACAUCUCGACAUUGAGGUUAUGGCUAUUGUCAAUGCAAUUCCUACUCUUCUGCAGUUUUUCUUGAAAAUUAUUGCUGGUUUUUUGAGCGAUAAAAUUAAAUGCAUUGGAGAUACGGGAAAACUUCGAAUUUUUAAUACUAUAGCAUUUUUUGGUUCAGCAGCUGCUGCGGCUGCUUUGGCUGGUGUCUCGCUUCAGAAAGAUCCGAAUAAAGUGCUCUGUAUAAUACUUUUGACGUUACUUGUUGGUCUUCUCGGUAUUUCAACUGGAGGUUUUGUAAAAGCUGCACCAUUAAUUUCUGGUAUAUAUGCACCGUUUGUCACCGGUAAUAUCUCAUUGAUAUUUUCGUUAUGCCUUCUUGUGGCUCCGUAUAUGAAACUACAGUUGGCAGCUGAUGAUACCAAUACUCAAUGGUCUCUAGUACUUGCUAUUUGCUCUUCUGUUACUGCAAUCAGUAAUAUCAUAUUUGUAAUUACUAUCAGUGGAAAACCAAUAGAGUGCAGUCAGCAAGCAGGUGCAGUGGUUGCUCCUGUUAAACAAACAUCUCCUGUAAGUUCAGAAGUGCUGUCGUCGACUAACACCGAUACCACUGAAGCAAAACGAUGA